AUGAGUGCCGGAACUUUAACGAGUGAGGAAAAAAAUGAUCAUGAUCCUGAUAUCAUAGUUCCAAAAAGCGAUAUUCAGCUAUGGUCUAUUAUAAGAACUUUAGGAGAAGGUGCAUUUGGAGAAGUAAAAUUGGUUGUGGAUCGUAAUAAUGAUGGAUACCCCGCAGCAAUGAAAUGUGUCUCUUCAGUCAAUCUUAAAGAUAUCUCGGCUUUAAGAAAGGAAGCGAUUCUAAUGAAAAAAUGUCGUGGACAUCCAAAUAUUGUAUAUUAUAUUGGAAUGAGAGAAGAUAAUGAAAUGAAUGAGUAUCAAUUAUUUUUAGAGUACUGUGAUGGUGGUGAAUUGUAUGAUAGAAUUGAACCUGAUGUUGGAUUGCCAAUUGCUAAAUGUCAACAUUAUUUUCGUCAACUUAUUGAAGGAGUUAGAUAUAUGCAUAGUCUUGGCAUAACACAUCGAGACAUAAAACCUGAAAAUAUUUUAUUACUUGAGAAUGAUCAAUUGAAAAUUGCUGAUUUUGGUAUGGCAACUAUAUUUAGAAGUGAUGGUAAUGAAAGAUUUCUUGAUACAACUUGUGGUUCUAAACCUUAUAUAGCACCAGAAGUUUUUUUACAAAGUUACAAAGCUGAGCCUAACGAUAUUUGGGCCUGUGGAAUAGUUCUUGUUGCUAUGUUAUCUGGUGUAUUACCAUGGGGUGAAGCAACAAGUGAAUCGGAUGAGUUUAAAACAUUUGUUAUGAAUCGAUCAGUGGAAUUAAAUCCAUUUAGCCGAAUGGACCUUGAAUCUUUACAAUUAUUAAAAAUUAUCCUUGAAUAUAACUGGGAAAAAAGAGCUACUAUAAAACGUAUUCAGAAUCACAGUUGGAUGAAGGCAGAUUUUGGUAAUUCAAAUAUUAUAAUGAAUAGGAAAAAACGUUUAUUUGGUAUGACGCAUUCAAAUACACUAACUAGUAAUUUAACACGUGAUGGUUCGAGUCAACCAUCAUCUAAAAGAUCUAGAAAUGAUACCUCUAACAUAUUUGACAAUGAUAUUCCUGCUCAAUCUCAGCCAUCACAAUUUUGUCGUGUUUUGGGGGGAAACAAUGGAGUAAGUUCUUCUGGUUUAGUUUGUCGACCUUUUACUCAACCUGGUAAUGGUGAAGUUAUGUUGUUAAGUAAUUCUCAGGUUGUUCCUUCAGUAUCACAAAAAAUGUCUAAUCCAUUGGAAAAAUUGGCACGUAGAAUGACAAGAAUUGCUGUUAAUUUAGCAAUUCCAACAUUUUCAAAACAAUUAAAAAUUGUUCUUGAACAAUUAAAGUAUGAACACAGAUUUAUGGAUAACAAUAUGGUAAUUGUAAAAGACGUAAAUAAAUUGGAUGGAUGCACAUUUGUUAUAAAUAUGUUAAAUAUUGUUGAUAGUGGUAAUGAAGACAAAGUACUUGUAGACUUUAGAAGAAGCAGAGGAGAUGGUUUAUUGUUCAAAAAGCACUUUUUAAUUAUAAAAUCUGCAUUAAUUGAUCUUAUUCCUAAAAAUAUCAUACCACUUCCUGUUCAUUUAGUUUAA